AUGGAUAUAGAAGAAAAGUAAAUUACCUUCUAAAGCGAAGAAGGAUAGCAAUUUAAAAUUGAUUACUAAGCGAUGUUUUAGUUUUCUAAAUUUAUUUAGGAUUAGCCUGAUUUAAACUUAAAUGAACCUAUAAAAUGUGCAAUAAGUACUCCUAUUCUAGAGUUGAUAAUAUAAUUUGUAAAUGAUAGAAAAACUAAUUAUCAACCUAAGACUAUACCAAAGCCUAUACUUUCUGGAAAUAUUUCUUUAUACAUUAAUGAAAUAGAUUAUUUAUUCUUAAAGAACAUAAAAUCUGAAAAGGAUUUAUACCAAUUACUAAAAGCUGGUGAAUAUUUUUAUAUGGACACAUUAUUAGAACUCAUUUAUGCUUUCACCGCUUCAUAGUUUAUAGAUAAAACAAACAUUGAGUUAAGAGAAAAAUAUGGAAUUUAGGAACCAAUGACAGAAACAAUAGAAAAAGAGUUGAAAGAUAAAUAUUCAGAUAUUUUAUAAGGUACACCUUUUGAAGAGUGA